AUGUCCAACCAGAGCUUCAGGAUCAGUAAUAUAGAAGCCAGAACCUCCAGAUGUGUCCGGAAAUGGUGGAGUGAUGAAGACCUGACUGAUGUUCCCCUACAAAGCCUAGAUGAGACCUUCUUCACUGAUGGAAACAGCUUCAUAGAAGAUGGAGUCAGGUAUGCAGGGGCGGCCGUAGUCAGUCUAGGAGGACAGUUUACUGCACAGACCCAUUCCCCCCUUCUGGAAUUGGUCACGCUGGUCAUAGAUAAUUUCAGUUGCUACUACGAGAGACUAUUGACCAACACACUCUACAAGGGAAAGGAUGUUGUACAGCCCCCACGGGUUCUCCACCUGAAAACUUCUCAGCCCAUGGGCAAGGAAGCCACAUAUGUGCUGGGCAUGUUGACAGUCCUUUCCCACACUCGAGGGGAAUCAGGGGCAGGCAGCUGCAACAGUAAUUUCAGGGUGGCGGUGGCUACAGCAGGACCUGCAACAGCCCAGCGGUUUUCCCAGAGCUUCUCAGAUAGUCUGAUCGACGAGGACCCCCAGGCGGCAUUAGAGGAGCUGACUAAGGCUUUGGAGGAGAAACCAGAUGAUGCACAGUAUUACUGUCAAAGAGUUUACUGUCACUUUCUCCUUGGGAAUUACUGUGAUGGUGUUACUGAUGCAAAAACUUCUCUCAAACUCAACCCCAAUAAUUCCACUGCUAUGCUGAGAAAAGGGAUAUGUGAAUAUCAUGAAAAAAACUAUGCUGCUGCUCUAGAAACUUUUACAGAAGGUCAGAAAUUAGAUAGUGUAGAUGCCAAUUUUAUUGUCUGGAUUAAAAGAUGCCAAGAAGCACAAAAUGGAUCAGAAUCUGAGGUGAGGACUCAAUCAAAAAUCAAGUAUGACUGGUAUCAAACAGAAUCUCAAGUAAUCAUAACACUUAUGAUUAAGAAGAUUAAGAAUGUUCAGAAGAAUGAUGUAAAUGUGGAAUUUUCAGAAAAAGAGUUGUCUGCUUUGGUGAAACUUCCUUCUGGAAAGGAUUACAAUUUGAAACUGAGACUGCUUCAUCCUAUGAUAUCAGAACAGAGCACAUUUAAAGUGCUUUCAACAAAGAUUGAAAUUAAAAUGAAAAAGCCAGAGGCUGUGAGAUGGGAAAAGCUAGAGGGAGAAGGAGAUGUGCCUAUGUCAAAACAGUUCAUAGCAGAUGUAAAGAACCUCUAUCCAUCGUCAUCUCAUUAUACAAGGAUUGAUAAAUUGGUUGGUGAGAUCAAAGAAGAAAAGAAUGAGAAGUUGGAGGGAGAUGCAGCAUUAAACGAGUUAUUUCAGCAGAUCUAUUCAGAUGGCUCUGAUGAAGUCAAACGGACCAUGAACAAAUCAUUUAAAGUAAAGAAAUGGUCCAUGCUUGCAACCUGGAGAUUGGAUCUGAGACUCAUCGCAUUCAUUGCACAGCCCACCCAGCCACGACCUGGCUAUGGCUAUGGUGACCAAAUGCCCAGCCGAAACCCAGAUGUCAAGAUGUAG